CUUUGUCUACCCUCCCUUCCAACGUUCUCUCAAACCAUCUUCGUUCAACUUUCAUGGAGCUUCUAAGAUUUCCCAUUCUCAUACUUGUAACAUCAAUCGAAGCAUCCUGCAUUUUACAAAAACGGAAACCCAUUAUCCAAUAUUUCCUCUUCCUCUCUUGUUUCAUCCUCAUCAGCUGUCUCAUCCUCAAACACUUGCUCUCAAAAGCUCCGCCAGUUUAUCUGGUUGACUUUUCUUGUCUCAAGCCGCCAAGCUUCUGCAGAGUCCCCUUCUCAUCCUUCAUUGAAAACACAUCCAUGAUGGAAUCCUACGACGCCGACAGCAUCUCUUUCAUGGCUAAAAUCCUCACUUCUUCAGGGCUAAGUGAAGAAACGUGUUUACCACCUGCUUUACACUACAUUCCACCAAAAACCCAUCAACAAGAAUCUAUCAAAGAAGCCCAUAUGCUUCUCUUCCCCCUCAUGGAAGACCUUCUCUCCAAAACCAAACUCUCUCCUCUUGAUAUAGAUAUUCUUGUCGUAAACUGUAGUGGAUUUUGCCCCUCUCCUUCACUUUCUUCCAUUAUCAUAAACAAAUACUCCAUGAGAAGUGAUAUCAAGAGCUAUAACCUCUCCGGCAUGGGUUGCAGCGCCAGCCUUAUCGGCAUCCAUUUGGCUCAAACUCUUCUAAAAAUACACGCAAACUCCCACGCCGUUGUUCUCAGCACUGAAAUCUUGUCCGCCGGUUGGUAUUCAGGCAACGACCGGCCCAAGUUGCCCAUCAACUGCCUCUUCAGAAUGGGCAGUGCCGCUAUUUUGCUUUCCAACAGAAAACAAGCAAACAAGUCUUCAAAGUACAGACUUUUCUGUUCACUGAGGACCCAAAGCGCCUUUGAUGACAAGGCUUAUCUUUCAGCAUUUCGAGAGGAGGACUCCAAGGGAAACCUUGGUGUUACGCUCAAGCGAGAUUUGCUACAGGUCGCUGGAGAAACUCUCAGAUUGAACAUCACCGUUCUUGGCUCCUCAAUCUUCCCCUUCUCGAAGAAAGUUUGGCUUACAAUUUCAGUUUUGCGAAAAAAGUUCAUUGACAAAUCUAGUGAAGUCAACGUGCCAAAUUUCAAGAGUGUGAUUCACCAUUUUUGCUUGCCGACUUCAGGGAGACAAGUGAUAAGAGAGAUAGCGCAAGGGUUGAAGCUUGAAGACAGAGAGAUGGAGCCGGCAUUGAUGACGCUGCAGAGGUUUGGGAACCAGUCUUCUUCUUCCUUGUGGUACGAGUUAGCUUACUUGGAAGCCAAGGAAAGAGUGAAGAAGGGCGACAAGGUUUGGCUGCUAGGAAUGGGGAGUGGGCCCAAGUGCAACAGUGUCGUUUGGGAGUGUAUAAGGCCCAUUAUUGGAGAGUCCAAGAGAGGCCCAUGGGCCGAUUGCAUUGCUCGGUAUCCGAUCGUGGCCGUUGAUCAAGGGAUGUAGAUGAUUCAUGCACAACCUCGAAAUUGGCGUUUUCAUUUAAAGAGUUUGACCGUUGUUUGAAGUUUUCAAUUUCAUGGGGAGCAUCUAAGGAGUUGUUUGGACUUGUAUAAAUAAAUGAAUUCUGUCUACCACAUGCAAUGAAGCAGUGCCUUAUCUCCUGCUUAAAGAGUGUUCGAAGUCCGAGCUUUAAUUUUUUUAAAAGAAGUGUCGGAAAUUUGAGUUCUGGUGCAACCUGAAGGAAGAAACUGCAUUAAUGAAUUUAAUGGAGCGGUUGAGAGGUGAAAUGGAUUAGGAAUAAUCAGUUAAUUAGUAGGAUUAGAAAAUAAUUAGUGGGUUUGGAUU